AAAGAAAACUACGCCAUUGGAGGAAACUAGUGCGGUGGCAAAACAAUCUCCGGAGAAAAAUAAUACAUCUACCGAAAGACGCUUGUGUCAAUCGCGGACAGAAUGUUGUUGCGCAAUUUAAAGCAGCUGGUCCCGUUGGUGAAACGGAUCACCAACUACAGCACCAUGCACCGAUCCAAUGCAGACUUGGUCACCUUUAUCCAUACCUAUUGCGCGUCUAACUAUCGUACUCCAUCAGCAUUAAGUAGUGUUUCUUCCUAUCAUUCUUUCCGGCGUUCAAUUACUCUUCGCAGCAAUGAACCUUUGGCAGCGAGCAAACGUUCCAUCAGCUCGGAACAUGAUGAUGCUUCAAAUUCACCGGUGAAAGUUACUAAAAAAGCAAAACGAUCGCGUGUCGUUUCGAGCAGCAGUAGCAGUGAGGAUGAACAAGAUCGCAAACAACCCGUCAAAAGCAAAGAAAAGAAAUCACCUUCCCCGAAAGCUUUGAAAGAAGAGCCCAAACCGAAUGGCAAGGCUGACGUGAAAAAUGGAACGAAAUUAAAAGUAAGCCCAAAGAAAGAAAGCGAUGGUUCAAAGGGGAAGAAAGGUGGCAAGAAAGGUUCACCCACAACAAAAGCCAAGUCGCCAGUUAGCAUCGUGAAGAAGGAAGAAAAUCCAUCACCCAGCAAGGAUGAAUCCUCUUCGAAGAAGUCUGAUCCGCCCAAACAGAUCGCCAAUGGUUCCGGUGGUUCCGGUGCUGCACGAUCAUUUUUCUUUUCAGUGAAAAAGCAAUCAAAUGAAUCGGAAAAUGGAAAUGCAGGGACGAUAGCAAUAGAUGGAUCGAAGUAUGAUCCCUCGAAGAAAAACUAUCACCCAUUGAAAGAUGCAUUUUGGAAAAAGGAUGAGCGGGUUCCAUACCUGGCAAUGGCACGUACGUUUCAAAUGAUCGAAGAAACGAGUGGUCGUCUCCGGAUGAUUGAGAUUCUAUCGAACUACUUCCGCUCGGUGAUAUUGCUCAGCCCAAAGGAUUUGCUCGCCAGCGUGUAUCUCUGUCUGAAUCAACUAGCGCCAGCCUACGAAGGAGUUGAGCUCGGUAUAGCGGAAUUUUCCCUUAUGAAGGCCAUCGCACAAAGCACAGGCCGUAGUCUGGCACAGAUAAAGGCGGACGCACAAACAACAGGCGAUUUGGGACUCGUCGCCGAACAGUCCAAGAGCAGCCAGCAUCUAAUGUUUCGUCCGGCACCGCUUACGGUAGACGUCGUGUUCGGCAAGCUGCGUGAAAUUGCCUCGAUGACGGGCAGUGCCUCGAUGGCAAAGAAAAUGGACAAAAUCCAGUCAAUGUUUGUCGCCUGUCGGCAUUCGGAGUCUCGCUACAUCAUUCGCUCGCUGGCCGGUAAGCUGCGCAUCGGUGUAGCAGAACAGUCACUUUUGCAAGCGCUGGCACAGGCUUGCGCUCUAACGCCACCACAGGUUGACCCACCAGUUGUGAAUGCUUUGGCCGGGGAGUCAGAAACGCGUGUGAAAGCAAGGGUAGAGGAGGUAGCGCUUGCAUUGAAAACCGUGUACUGUCAAUGUCCGAACUAUAAUCGAAUAGUACCGGUGCUGCUGGAACACGGUAUACGCCAGCUAAGCCAGCACUGUCCGAUGGAACCGGGCACACCGCUGAAACCCAUGUUGGCCCAUCCCACCAAAGGUGUGCAGGAGGUACUACAACGAUUUGAUGGUAUCGAUUUUACCUGCGAAUGGAAGUACGAUGGAGAACGGGCUCAAAUUCACCUGCUCGCUGACGGUAGCGUACAGAUCUUUAGCAGAAAUCAGGAGAAUAACACGAGCAAAUAUCCGGACGUGAUCGCACGGCUAGAGUUUACACGCACGGAACCGGUCACGAGCGCCAUCCUGGAUUGUGAGGCUGUCGCAUGGGACACGGAUAAAAAGCAGAUUCUACCGUUCCAGGUGUUAAGCACCCGGAAGCGCAAGGAUGCGAACGAGGCAGACAUUAAGGUGCAGGUGUGUGUGUUCAUGUUCGAUCUGCUCUACCUGAAUGGCGAACCGCUCGUUGAACGACCGUUUGCCGAAAGGCGGGAUCUGCUCUACAAACACUUUCGCGAAAUCGAAGGCCAGUGGCGUUACGCAACCCGACUCGAUACGAGCGAUCUGGACGAGCUGCAGCGCUUCCUGGACGAGGCAGUCCGGGGCAACUGCGAGGGACUGAUGGUGAAGACGCUGGCACGUGACGCAACGUACGAAAUCGCGAAACGAUCGCGCAAUUGGUUGAAGCUGAAGAAGGACUAUCUGACCGGGGUGGGCGAUUCGCUCGAUUUGGUUGUAAUCGGUGGUUAUCGGGGACGCGGAAAGCGUACCGGAACGUACGGCGGUUUCCUGCUCGCCUGCUACGACGACGAGAACGAAGAGUAUCAGACGAUCUGCAAGAUCGGUACGGGAUUUUCCGAUGAAGAUCUGCAGCGCCAUACGGAAUUUUUCCGCCCGCACGUCAUACCGCAGGCAAAACCAUACUACCGGCACGAAGCUAACGUGGUGCCGGAUGAAUGGUUCGAAGCGGUCCAGGUGUGGGAGGUACUAUGUGCCGAUCUGUCCCUCAGUCCGGUACAUCGGGCUGGGAUUGGAAUCAUCGAUCCGGAGAAAGGUAUUUCGCUGCGGUUUCCACGGUUUAUCCGAGUACGCGAGGACAAGGGUGCAACGGAUGCGACUAACGCAAGGCAGGUUUCGGAGAUGUAUCUGAAUCAAGAUCAGAUUAAAAAUCAGACGGGUGGUGCCGCUCGCGAUGCGGAGGAAGAUUUCUACUGACGCGUUUAUUUAUGCAGCGCGAUUGUCUUAAAUUAUAGUGAAAUUAGAAGCAGUUUUAUUAGAAUACCCGUAAACUGGGCAGGGCAGUAUACUUUAAACACGAUUAUUUUCAUUAACUGCAAGAACAAUGUGGUGGUUAUUUAAAUAUGUAUUUUAAUUUUUAGCUUAAUAAAUUGUCCACAUGUGCCCUGCAUGUUA